CUAAAGUCAAUCUAGCCAAAUCAAAUUAGUAGAGAUAGUUGCAUAGUGGUUGGGGCACUCCACCCAUCCAAUUUAUCUCCCGCACCCAGAUGACACUGCGAUGGUGCCAUCUUCUUCUCGUCUUCUUCUUCCUCUUCCUCUCAACCAUUCAAUAAUUCCAAGAUCCAUGCAGCGUUUCCGCCCAACUUUGACUCAUGCUCUGCCUACAUUCCUUCCUGUUCAUACUAUUUCGUCAACGUGGGUUUGAAAACAGGGGAAGGGAAUCGCAUGCCGCCAAUCGGAUACAUACAACAACAAAGGGAACAUUUUUAGGUCACAAGAAGCCAAGAGAUUUGACUGAGGCGAGACGGGGGCGGGUUGAUGCUCAAUGCACACUUUAUGCUGCGUUUCCAUCCUCUUCACUCGUUCCUGGGUCGAUUUCGGGAGGUGUCUCUUGGUCUUCCACUACGAGGUCCUACAGAUCACCCCAUCCACCGCUAAUCUCGCUAGAAAGGGGGAACCCUAAAGAUUCCAGCCAAAAGGAUCGAGCGGCCAUGGGCUGUGCCGUGUCCAAGAAUGCAGUCUCGGCUACGCCGGUAGCUGAUUCCUCCGGCAUUGUAAGGAGCAACCAAAAGCGGUUGGGGUUGAUCUCAGCGCCCUCUGGGCUGCACCGAACUGGAGAGGGAACAAAAAACGGCCACCCGGAGAGGGAGGAGGAAAAUGGUCGCCUUGAAUCCGGGGGAAAAGGGAAGGUGAAUGAUGAUAAUACUAGCUUGCAGAGCCUACGGUUGCGGAAUCUUCACAAAUACAUCGAAGGGGAGCAGGUCGCUGCAGGAUGGCCCUCUUGGCUCAGUGCCGUAGCAGGGGAAGCUAUUCAAGGCUGGGUGCCUCUUAAAGCUGAUUCCUUUGAGAAAUUGGAGAAGAUUGGACAAGGAACUUACAGCAGUGUGUUCAGAGCCCGUGAUCUUGACACUGGAAAGAUGGUUGCCUUGAAGAAGGUGCGCUUUGACAAUUUUGAGCCAGAGAGUGUUAGGUUUAUGGCCAGGGAGAUAAAGAUACUGCGCACGCUUGACCACCCAAAUAUUAUUAAGUUGGAAGGUCUGAUUGCUUCUCGAUUAUCAUGCAGCCUUUAUCUUGUAUUUGAAUACAUGGAGCACGAUCUAGCUGGACUUGCUAGCUCUCCUGAUAUUGUACUCUCUGAAUCACAGGUCAAGUGUUACACGUAUCAGUUGCUUUCUGCACUUGAACAUUGUCACUCGCAGGGUGUUAUACACCGGGACAUAAAAGGAGCAAAUCUUUUGGUUAAUAAUGAUGGAAUUCUGAAAAUGGCUGAUUUUGGUCUUGCAAAUUUCUGUCGUCCUGGACAUAAGUAUCCACUAACUAGCCGUGUUGUGACUCUCUGGUAUAGACCUCCUGAACUACUGUUGGGUUCAACUAACUAUGAAGCUACUGUAGAUUUGUGGAGUGUUGGUUGUGUGUUUGCAGAAAUGUUUGUGGGAAGACCUAUUUUGCAAGGCAGAACUGAGGUUGAACAAUUACAUAAAAUAUUCCGGCUAUGUGGCUCACCUCCAGAAGAAUUUUGGAAGAAGUCAAAGUUGCCUCAUGCUACAAUUUUCAAACCCCAUCGUCCCUAUGUAAAUAGCCUCUAUGGAACAUUUCAAGAUUUACCAAGAGCAGCCAUUAGCUUGUUAGAGACUUUUCUCUCUGUUGAACCUUAUAAGCGUGGUAGUGCCACAAGUGCCCUUGCAUCAGAGUAUUUUAGAACAAUGCCGUAUGCUUGUGAACCCUCAAGUUUACCAAAGUACUCACCUACUAAAGAGAUGGACAUAAAGAAUCGAGAAGCAUCACAGAGGAGAAGAAUUGCUGGAAGACAAGAAGCCAUGAGAAGACCAUUCAAAGCAGAUAGAACUUCAGGACAAUCAGGUGGGCUCAGCAAAUUAGCAGAUACCAAAAAGGAUGCACAGUUAAAUGUUGAAGCCACUGAACACGAUGAACAAAAAGGUCUCAAAAGAGUAGAUGGUGAAACCAGAUUGUUUGUAGAUCUCCAGCCAAUGCCAUCGAUUAAAAAUCCAGAUGAAGGUCAUCACAUGAAGCACAACUCUGAACAGGAUAUUGUCUUUUCAGGACCAUUACGUGUUUCUACUUCCAGUGGUUUUUCAUGGGCUAGGAGGCAGAGAGAAGACCAUGUAUAUAACAGAUCUCACAGUAGGCGCAACUCAAGAAGAAAUCUAUCUGCUGCAAGAGAUCUGUCUGAUAUUGAAAAUGUCAAAAGCAAGUUGGGACCCAAGGGUCCACAAAAUGGUGAUCUUCAUGCUGGUUCCAAACACCAUGAGUCACAAGAGUUGGCAAAAAUUGCAAUGCUGAAAAGAUGGGCACAACUAGAACAUCCGGGAUCAUUUGACACUUCAGAAUCAUUCCCUUCUCAAGACUUCUCUGAAGCCUUGUGCAACGGAGAUCCAUCUUCAAUGCGGCAUAACUAUAUGGGCUUCAACAACCAAGACAGAGUUGAGUUUUCAGGACCUUUACUGUCUCAGACUUGCAAGGUUGAUGAACUACUGCAGAAGCAUGAACGUCAGAUUCGGCAAGCAGUUAGGAGAUCAUGGUUCCGAAGAGGUAUGCCAAGACCUUUUACAAAACAUGUUGUCCAGGUCUAUAUAAUCUUUAUGAUAGAAAACAUUUUAGCACUAAGCCUAAAGCAAAUUAGCCAAAGUUUACUUGCUUCUUAAUGGAAAUCUUUGUUAUGUGCCUUAUCAAAACAUUUAUUUUACAUAACUGUGUGCAUUUUAGCAGCUUCUGUCUAGUCAUGAAUUCAAUACACGCAAUUAGAAGUCCUAUUUCAGCAUGUGAACUGAAAUCUUCAAUAUAAUUUGCUUUUAGAUGGUUCAAGUUAAAUUUGAUAGGGCAUCAAACAUUUCGUUUAAAAAAAAAUAAUUAGUUUUACUGAGUGUCUCUUGAUAUUCAGUGGCAGGGAGAAGACCGAGGAAGUAAAAGUUUGUUGCUGUCAGAAUCAAAAGAAGCAUACAGAAGUACCAUACAAGUUGGGUGGACAAAUAGUAUUUAACAAACAGAAUUUCCCGAGCUCUUCGUUCAAGAAGUUCAGAGGUGACAUCUCAAAUAAAAAUUCCUUGCAACUUAGUUUUUGAUGCUGCUAAAGCUUUGAAUUGGAGCUAUUUCAUGAUAAAGAUAAGUGUAUAGAGUCAUGAAUCCCUUGUAAAUGUUAAGUUGCAUGCAUUUUCAAACGUGAAAGAUACAUGUAUGCUGAAACCCGAUGGUUAAAUGAAACAUUCUUUUUAACUGCAAGCAA